AUGAGGAUAUUUCGGCGCUCCCGCGUCUAUCUCCAAAUUGGCGCAGUGUUCAGCACCGGGGGGGCCGGCCUCACGUCUGCCUCGCCGGCUCCCGACCCCUUCUCUGUCCGCGACGUGCGCAUGAACGGCACCACGCACGCCAAGAUCGUCUAUCAUCUGGACGGCAUCCGCACGCACGCUUUCCGCUUCGCCAGCAAGGACGACGACAAGAUCGGAAACGCAAAGGGGGUUUGGUUGCGUGGUGCCCUCGUUUCGGAUGGCGACUUCACCCAGGACCUCAUCGACACUAUGAACAUGAAGGUGAUGAAGGAUGGCCCGAAGAAGGAUGAGUUCGACUGCGCUUAUGACGAGCAGCCCGGGACUGGCUCCGAGCAGAGAAUAAUGUGA